UCGAAUUCAUUCAAUGAUCUAAUCGGUUCAAAUCAAAAUUUCGCUCAUCCUUAUUGAAAACGUACAAGUUGAUAAGAGCCUUCCCACGGCCAAUCUCGUUGCCGCCUCGGAUUUGCGUGCUUCACCAGUUGAAUCGAUCUUUUAAAAUUCCAAAGAAAAGAACGGUAAAAUGUAAUCCAUUGACGAUUUCCCAUUGCCAAACUGCAGAAUUUUAAAAGUUGGGUUUUGUUUUUUUUCACGUGGAAUCUCAACUGGAACGAAUAUUCUAGUCAACAGAUCCACGCUAUUUUAACAGGUGAGAUGGAAGAGAAAAAAAUAAGCAUAGAUAUUCCUAGGAGUGAAAGAAAUGGAAAACCCAAAGUUCUCGAUCCAGCAUUUUCUGCAUUUUUUGUUAAGCUACGUCGCAAACUUCAAAAUUGUCUUAAGCGCAACAGAUUAGCAAAAGAUAAUGAUGGAAUAAAAUCAGUGGACUCUUUUCUUCAGAAGGAGAAUGGUUCAUCUACUGGAUUGGGGAUUGAUCUGGAGAAACAAUUGCAAGCUUGGAGAGAAAAUCCUUCAUGGGUCAAUCAACCUCCAGAAAUAAAGGUCAGUGUACCAAAAGGUUCUCUUUGCAACCUUAAGGCGAAAGUUGAUGUUGGGUUGCCCCCAGAUGCAGUGUAUAAUAUUGUAACUGAUCCUGAUAACAAGAGAGUGUUCAAAAAUAUUAAGGAAGUGAUAUCUAGAAAGGUUUUAGUUGAUGAAGGUCAAAGACAGGUGGUUGAAGUGGAGCAAGCAGCUUUGUGGAGAUUCCUUUGGUGGUCAGGAACCAUCUCAGUUCAUGUUCUAGUGGAUCAAAACAGAGAAGAUCACUCAAUGAAGUUCAAACAAUUAAACACGGGAUUCAUGAAAAAAUUUGAAGGUCACUGGAGAAUAGAACCUGUUUUUGUGGAUGAGAAAACCUGCUUUCCUUUCAAACCUAAAACGUGGGCAGACUACUGUUCAUGUACUGGGGGUAAAGGAAGGAUUGGAUCAAAGGUGAGCUUGGACCAACUUAUUCAGCCAGCCAUUGUCCCUCCCCCACCCAUUUCUUGGUAUCUAAGGGGAAUUACUGCCAAGACCACUGAGAUGUUGAUAAAUGAUCUACUUGCUGAAGCUGCCAGACUCACGGGUGGCUGUGACUCUGAAAAUUCAAACAAGGAGCUUAGAUUAUCUAAGGAAAUAAAUGAACAUCACCAACUUGAUCAGAUAUGUGACAUUAAAGAAAGAUGGAACUUGCGUAGGAGAAAUGCAAAGCAGCAUGGCAAGAAACCGUUAACUGCCCAAUCAUCUACUUUUUGAUUGGUUCAAAUUCAUCUGUAGUCAGUUGCUUCAAUAUUUUAUUUCAAAAUUGUCCAACAGCAUUGUAAUGAUGUUUCUAUUUGAACUUUUGAAAGAUUCUUCUCUACUUCAAAACAUUUGUAUCGCUUCUGUAAUUCCAGUUCAAUGUUAGUAAAGCGCGAUUGAUAAAUUAAAACAAGAACAUUGGCAUCUUCAAACCGAGUUGUUAUGUUUGGAUAUCAGCAGUCUUCCCCAUCUCUUUCUUCCUUUAUUGCAUCUGGCCAGCAAUUACGUUAAGUCUCUUGUUGAAGUUAUAAUGAUUUUGAAACAAGUAUUUGGACACAUGGAUGCUAUUGAGGAAUCUCAUGGCAUCAACUAGCAAUCCAAUGGAAGCUACUUGGUAACAUUCUUGAUAAACUUAUAUUAUCAAGGUUUCAUAUGGGCGAUAAAAUUAGUCGCUGAGAUUGAAACCAAUGGUGGCGGUGACAUUAUGUGUGAUUGGAUACUGAGAUCCAGGAUGCUAUUUAAAUGGACUAAAGUCAAUGGUGACAGUGAGAUUGGAUAUUGAGUCCUAUGAUGCUUAUCUAAAUACACCUCAAGAUGCGAUUAGCCCCCCAAAAAAUGUUGGAGUCUACUGCACAGAA